CUCCAAAAAUUCCCGGAAGAGAACCCAGUAUAAAAUCAUGUAGUGACCUACGGUACAAAAUUCUCAGAACACUGGUGUCAACAGAACGACACCAGUACACUCAACAACAGCAAUCACCAUGGCACCGACAAAGAAAAAGUCAAUAACACAUGGGGGACCAACACCACCAAGCAGAAGUAGCACCAGGAAACCUAAACCAAAGACACCGGAAAUCGGCAAAUACCUCAUACGAUCACCACCUUCCAGGAAACACACAACGACGCCCACGAAACUCCAAUUCAUCCCAUACGAUGGAACGAUACAGCGGGAACUCCGAGCCCUGGAACGGGUGUUCCCUCCCCAAUCAACACCAGAAAUCUAUGACCGAGACCUAUUUGCCUUUAAACCCAAAUACCCACCAUCACCAACGAGCUACAUGGCUCAUCUCACUAUUGUUCAUACUAAAGAACUCAAUAGCACCGACAAACUAACAGCCCUCGGGGACAACCUUCAGGAACUCCUCCAUCGGAAUCACUUCAAAAUCAUAGAUAAAGACACACGAUACCACUACAGUGUUGCCUUCAUUGAAUACAUGAAUAAAGUACUCCCUCCCACUAGGGACACGCCACCGGAAGCAGUUCCCCCCCGAAGACAAUCUAAGCCUCCACCACACUUGGCCAAUAGCCCGGACCCUCCUUCCCGAGAGGACCUCCAAAAACAGCUUAUAAAUAACUCUCCGCAGCAAGAGACAACAAGCGACAGCGAAUCGUCGAUAAGCUCAAUGGACAUCCCUCCCUCAGAUCUGAUUAAACAAUUUGCACGGGAACAUGACCUGGAACAACGGACCUCAACGGAGCAAACUCAACAAGCAGGAUCCCCAACUCCAGACCAGUUCCCCCUACAAAAUGCACCAGAGGAAACUGAGGAUACAAGCCUCGACGAUAGGAUCACAGAGUAUGAAAAACAAUAUGAGACUAUUGACAAUGAAAUAAGUUCCAUUCGAGAUAGCUUGGAUCCUCCCAAUGAACCCGGUAAUAACAAAACAAUGGCAGACCAACUCAAAGCAAACGAUGAUAAGUGGACAAAGCGACUUACGAUGAUAGACAAACAGAUCCUACAGCUCCAGGAAGGAUAUGAAAGAGUCAUCCAAUCCACCGCAGCUGAACUCGCCACAACUAAAGAGGUCCUCACCACCACUAAAGCCGAACUGAAUACUGCAACCACAGAGCUUCAAACAGCUCUCCAAACGGUUCAUACCCUGAAAACUCAACUACAAUCUCAAACAACAGAGAUCAGAGGAGCAAUCAACAUCAACACGAAUCUUCAGAAUAACUUAAAUGCAGCAGCCACGACGACAUGGGCUCUGGACCAACGAACCAGUAAAGCAAACUCAGUCCUUGCCUCAAUCAAAAACGAGACCAUCCACCUCAGACACCUUCGAGAUGAAGCAAGCAGCAUCACCACCAAAACACCCACAAUCAUUACCGCAGAACUCAAGGAACAACUCAACAAAAUCGUGGAUCAGAGUGCAGCCAACCUGAAGGAAAAGACCAAACAGAUUGAACUCCAGGUUACCACAGCAGUCCUAGAACAAACACGAAUAAUGGAAUCAACACUGGAGUCAACAAUACAGGAUAUUAUUCACGACAAACUGGAACACAAAGCCCACAUAGUUCAAAGCCUAAGGGAUACAGUAAUCUCUCAAGCCAAACGUGAGAUUGUAUCCCAAGCAACUGAGACAAUUAAGGAGGUUAACAAUGACCUCACAAAAACAAAGAAUAACCUCAAGCAAAUCUGCAACAACCACUUGGCUAAACUCACAUCACAUAAACAGGAUAUAACACAUGAAAUGGACCAAUCCGCUUCUGCAGCACAGGAAAACAUCGCCAUCACGAAACACAUAGCUGAAGCUGAUAUCACCCGCUCCGUUAAGGAACAUCUUGAAACAGAUCCAUCAGUGGAAGACACCAUCACCACUCAAAUCAACUCAUCCAUACGAUCAUUGGUAGAAUCCACAGACUUCAAAACAGACAUCGAUACAACUAUCCAUACAUAUGUAACCCAAUCACCAACCCUAAAGGACCUUAUUCAACACCAAGUACACGACGCAAUUAUUAACAACAGAACACAACAAGACGAAAAACAAAAUAAAAAUCAACACAUUAGUACCGACAAACAUCAAAAUCCCAUCAAAUCAACCACUAGAAUCCCCUCACCUUUCGACACCAGAGGGGACAGCGAUAGAAACUUCGAUGUCUAUACAGACAGAAAACACCAGAUAUGGGAUGAAAAGUCCAUCCACUAUCACAAUCAUCGAAUCAGCAAAGCAAUCCAUGCGAUGGAUUUCAAGGACAUCAAUCAUAACCUAAUCCCUACCACCAAUCGCUACCUCACAUCAGCUGAAUUCACAGCCUUUUAUAAUGAACUCUACGGCAUGAUGCAAUUGGAAAGCCUCCCACUGGUUCCCCUUGACCAACUUCCUGAAAUUGAAACAUGUAUACCUCCAGAACACAAAGAGACGACAGAAAAUAUCAGUAAAAUUGGAGCAUACAUAUAUCGAAGAAUAUCGGGACUCCUUCCCCCCAGCCACACCCUCCUCCGGGGUCUCAUAUCCCCAUACUCACAAAACAGUAGGGGCUAUGAAGCCUUGUAUGCACUGGCACGCCACUCCCUUGACUACUUGAAACCCACACAGAACGGUUGGGGACCAGAGUGGACAACCACCGAUGAUCCUGGCACAUAUGUCGGUAAACUACAGGAUCACGUACGAACCAGCCGCUUGAGCAGGAACCAUCAAUACACGGAGUUUGAAGAAAGUCACGAUUUAGUAUACCAAGCCAUGACACACUUCAACUACACGGCAGGAUGCUGUCUCCUUGUCCAAUUGGACAACCAUAGGAGGCUCACACCAAAUUUUCGGCACAAACCAGUCCCCGAACAUCUAAAGCUCACUGCACUUACCAACUUUAUCCUUGAUCAUCCGAACAUCACACCAAUAGCUCACCAACAGUCUCCAACAAUUGUUAACAAGCUGGACGCAACAAAACGCACGAAGUUUGAAUACAAGAACAAAGUACAGUGUGAAUGCUGUAAAACAUAUGGACACAAUGUAGGGGACCAAAUUUGUCGAUUUGGAGCACAACUCCACUAUGCACAGCAAUUUGCGUCAACAAAACCGACGGACUUCAAGAUGAAUGCGAUAAAACACAACAACAUGCACACCAAGAAAGUUGUGAACCACUUUGAAAGCACAUUGAAGGACAGACACAUCACAGAAGAAGAACAUGAACGAAAGAGAGAAGAACUUGCUCAACUGUUUGCAACGGUCACGACUGAUGAAUAGGAUACACGCCGUGUUCCUAGCGGAGCUCGGCCUUCUAAACAUAACCAUGACCCUCCAGCAACACUCGACCAUGAAUUUGGAUCACUCAGGUUGAACAUAUGAGGACACCCAUAUCCCCGCAGUAUACCACACGACAACAAUAUCUUUGCCCACGAUGAGUUGAAUCCCACUAAAGCGUGCAAAUAUAC